UUUCUUCAUCCCUCCCCGCACGAUACUACCCUCUACACAACCCAAGGACAAGAACCCGAACCUCAACCUCGACCACAACAACACCUACAAAUACAAACACACGUAACUCAAAUCCAAGACCAAGCAACAAGAUCUCAAAAUGCCGGUGCAAUGGACCUCCGAAGCCGACGCAAAGCUCUUCGUCGGCGUCCUCAACCAAUGCCACGGCCAACUGAAACUUGACUCCCAGAAACUGGCCCAGCACAUGGGGGGAGACUGCACCGCCUGCGCCAUCGAACAACGCAUAGCCAAGCUCAAGAGACAUGCUAAAGCCCUCGGCUCGAACUCCACCGAUACAACCCCUAUCACGACCCCGGCUAAGAAGAAUGGAGCAGCCACCACCACCACCGCCGAUGCGGAGACUCCCACCAAGCCCAAGCGUAAGGCCGGGACUGGGGGUGGGGACCACGCGAAUGGUGCGGUGCCGAAGAAGGCGGCCAAGAAGGCGAAGGUGAAGGUGCAGGUGCAGGAGGAAGGGGUUGGGGAGGAGGGGUUUGGGUUUUUCAAGCUGGAGAAGGAUUUGGGCGGGAGUCUUGAGGAUGAUGGCUCUUGA